CUAAAUACCUAUUUGUCAUGUGAGACUUUUCAUCAAAUCUAAGCAUAAAUUUCAGUGAUCUAAAGAAAUUAAAAGUUCUCAUUUUCUCCAUUAAAGUACAGUAGAAUUUCCAAUAAACCUCAACAACGCCGCCGUUUUUCAAUGGCGGAAGAGAACUCAAGAACCAAAAAAACAAUACCACCAUACAUGAAAGCCAUUUCCGGUUCAUUAGGCGGAAUCGUAGAAGCGAGUUGUUUACAGCCCAUUGACGUCAUCAAAACCCGGCUUCAACUGGACCGGACCGGUUCAUACAAAGGAAUUGUUCAUUGCGGUUCGACGAUUGUUAAUAACGAAGGCGUAAGAGCUUUGUGGAAAGGGUUAACCCCAUUUGCUACACAUUUGACUCUUAAAUAUGCAUUGCGUAUGGGUUCUAAUGCGGUUUUGCAAUCUGCGUUUAAGGAUGAGGAAACUGGGAAGAUUAGUCCGGCUGGUCGGGUUAUGUCGGGUUUUGGUGCUGGUGUUCUUGAAGCACUCGUGAUUGUUACGCCUUUUGAGGUGGUGAAGAUUAGACUACAGCAGCAAAGAGGAUUGAGUCCUGAGCUUCUGCGAUACAAGGGACCUGUUCACUGUGCCCGUAUGAUUGUUCGUGAGGAAGGCAUUCUCGGUCUGUGGGCAGGUGCGGCACCAACUGUUAUGCGGAAUGGUACGAAUCAGGCCGCCAUGUUUACAGCCAAGAAUGCAUUUGACACAAUGUUGUGGAAGAAACAUGAAGGUGAUGGAAAAGUUCUUCAGCCAUGGCAGUCUAUGAUAUCAGGAUUCCUGGCAGGGACAGCUGGUCCCAUAUGCACCGGUCCAUUUGAUGUUGUGAAAACAAGGCUGAUGGCUCAGAAUAAAUCUGGAGGUGAGUUGAAGUACAGAGGCAUGUUUCAUGCAAUCGCAACAAUACAUGCAGAAGAAGGAUUACGUGCCUUGUGGAAGGGACUAAUUCCUCGGCUCAUGAGGAUCCCACCUGGCCAGGCGAUUAUGUGGGCUGUAGCUGACCAAAUAACUGGCUUUUACGAGAGGACAUACUUGACAAAUGCACCUUUAUAGGUACUACUGCAGUUUUGUCCUCGCCUUUCUCCGUUCUGGUUUUUAGUUCAUUUUUUCUGGCAGAAGCUCAGCAAGUUUUGCUCUUCAUAGUUCCUUUAGCUGUUGAUUGAAGGCAAACAGAAGCGCCGCCUUCAUAGUUCCUUUAGCUGUUGAUUGAAGGCAAACAGAAGCGCCGCCUUAACAAUCUAUGGACAACCUCCAUAUUUACAGGCUGGGGAACUGAGUUUUGCAGUAAAAUUAAGAUCUUUGUAGUUUUUUGAGGAUGGGAAAUCCUAAAUGGUCAGGCUGAAGUGCUUGAGAACAUUGUUGAUUUUUUACCGUUGCCAAAAGGGCAAAAAAAAAAAAAAAAAAGAAACUAUUUAUAUUUUUAGUUUAA